AUGAGUGCUGCUCAGAGUCAGACAACAAUGGAAGCCAAACUUGAGGCCCUGCAGUGCCACUUCACCUGGGACCUGGACUCCAGCAAGUCUAAACUGUUCAUUCUAAGGGAGAAAGUGGAAGACAUCGGCACCGAGGAGGGAAACAGCUGGCUGGGUCACAUUUACAAUCUGCAGGGGUACAUUCACUACCAGCUGGGCUUCACUGAAGAUGCACAGCGUUUCUUCAGCAGGGCUGCAGAGGCCUUCCGCCAGAUGAGAAACACUGGCUCAGAUGAAGGUCCCUGGUUGGUGGUGAACUAUGGGAACCUGGCUUGGCUGCACCACCAGCUGGGAGAACAAGCAGAGAGUCAGACUUUCCUGUCAAAGGUUGACACCCUACUGAAAGAAUACGCAUCUCCAUCAGAGGAUGAGCUUCAUCCAGAGAUCUACGCUGAAAAAGCCUGGACCCUGAUGAAGUUUGGCAGAGACAAAACACAGAUGGCUGUAGAUUACUUUGAGAGAGCCAUCAGGAUGCAGCCAGACAUGGUGGAGUGGCAGACCAGUCAUGUGAUAGCUUUAGUGAAAGGUUGUGGGCAUGGUGACAGACUACUGGAUGAAAACAUCCUGGAGAAAAUGAGAAUUGCCAAAAAAAACGAUCCAGACAACUUGUACCUUGCUGCUCUGUACCUUCUGGAAUGUGCAAAGGAAGUAAGAAAAACUGAAGAUGAAGUACGUGAGCUGGCCAAAAGAGUUUUGAAAAAGCCACCAAGUAGCUACAGUGGCAUUAGACCAUUACUAAGGCUGUACAUAAUGUAUAUAUCUAUGGAUGAGGCUAUUGAUUUGGCAGAGGAGGCUCUGGAAAGACAUCUAGAUGAACGUCAUCUGAAGUGGUGUGCUGCAAAUUGCUACAAAUGGAGGGUUUACUCAGACAGGGACAAUCCCCUGGAGCAAAGACUGAUAGACAGAGCAAUCAGUCUCCAUAAAGAAGUGAUCUCUCUUUACCCUCAUUCCUCACUUCAAGAUAAAAUAGCUCUCGCAAACAUAUAUGCAAAGUUGAGUCACUGCCAGGCUGAAGCUGAACAGAUUUACCAGGAUCUGCUAGAAAGUGAUCUGGAACCUGCAGACAGACAGAUGCUUUAUGACUACUAUGCCAAACAUUUGCACUUCAUGCGAAAGGAUAGCUACAAGUCAAUAAAAUAUCACAUGAUGGCAGCAGAAAUACCGCAUCAGUCACGCUAUCGUAAGAGCAGCAUCCAUAUUCUGAAGAAGACUGAAGAAAGAAACAGAAACCUAAUGUGUAGAGAAAUUGCAGAGUUUCUUGCUAAGCUGCAGAACUAA